AUGAGUUACAACAGCGUAGUCCUCCAACCGAUGAUCCUUACUGACCUCCUUGUUUUCCCUCCCUUCCUCCCCUUUCUCUCCAAUCCCUCCCAACCUCCCUGCCUGCCUGUCUUUCUUCCCUGUCCAGAUGCGAGGUGUGCCGUCUCCCCCUCCUACUAUCAUCAUCCUCAUCGCUCCCAACACGCCCACUCCUUCCACAAUCCCUCCUACGACCGCCCUUCCUACGACCGUCCCUCUUACGAUCGCCCUUCCUUCGACCGCCCUUCCUACGACCGUCCCUCCUACGACCGUCCCUCCUUCGACCGCCCUUCCUACGAUCGCCCCCCACACGACCGUGCCUCGCAUGACCGCUGGGACCCCCGUCUCUGUGUGAUCUCUGGAAAUCAGCUCUACAUGUUGGACCAGGAGGAGGUACACCCUUUGCUGAUGCGCGAGAGGCGCUCUGAGGCCCACAGGAACAAACUCCUGAGGCGGACAGUCAGCGUCCCUGUGGAGGGCCGGCACCAUCCUGAGAUGGACCACCGCGCCCGGCGGAAGAGCAUCGCCACCGGGAAGCAGCCAAGCAUGGAGGUCCCCCCCAACGCCCCCCCUCAACCCUUCCGACAAUCCGUGAGUAACCCCCCAUGUUCCCGGCCUCGCUCGCUGCCUCCCUCCCUCUCCCUUCCUCUCUCGCUCCCCCCGCCAGCCUUACAGCACACCUGCGGCCGCCGUGCCAGCGGCACGCCGCCCCUCCCCUUCCCCCUCAGCCUUGCCCUGCCCCCCAUACCCGGCCCCACCCUCCUGCCCCGUCAUCAGUGGCGGUGGGGCUCCAGGAAGGAGCCUGGAACGCCCCCGCUGCCUCGCUCACUUCCCCUCUCCCCCUCCCUGCCUUUCACCCUGCCUCACUUGCCUGCCACUGCCCGCCCCUCCUCUUUCUCCUCCUCCCCACCUCUCUCUCUCUGGGGCGGAGACUGGGGGGCUGCCGGCUCGAGUUCAGCGGUGGGACUGCCUAUCUCCCCACUGCCCCCCAUCGAGAGUUUCCUUAGUAGAAGAUUGAAGGGCUCUAUCAAGAGGGCUAAGAGUCAGCCCAAACUGGACCGAACCAGCAGCUUCAGACACAUGAUCCUCCCCCGCUUCCGCAGUGCCGACCAAGACAGGACACGUUUGAUGCAGAGCUUCAAAGAGUCCCACUCCCAUGAGUCCUUGCUCUCUCCCAGCAGUGCUGCUGAGGCGCUGGACCUCACCCUGGAUGAGGAUGCCAUCAUCAAACCCGUCCACUCUAGCAUCCUGGGACAGGAGUACUGCUUUGAGGUGACUACGGCAUCGGGAACCAAGUGCUUUGCUUGUCGCUCGGCUGCAGAGAGAGACAAAUGGAUCGAGAACCUUCAGAGAGCGGUCAAGCCCAACAAGGACAACAGCCGGAGAGUCGACAAUGUGCUCAAACUGUGGAUCAUAGAGGCCCGCGAGCUUCCAGCCAAGAAGCGCUACUAUUGCGAGCUUUGUCUGGACGACAUGCUGUAUGCCCGCACCACCAGCAAGCCCCGGACUGACACCGUCUUCUGGGGGGAGCACUUUGAAUUCAACAACUUGCCAGCUGUCCGCAACCUACGCCUUCAUCUAUACAAGGAGACGGACAAAAAAAGACGCAAGGAAAAGAGCACAUAUCUAGGACUGGUUAGCAUCCCCAUCUCAAGCAUCACUGGACGACAGUUUGUAGAGCAGUGGUAUCCGGUCAUCCAACCCAGCGUCCUCACUAAAGGGGCCGGGGUGGGAGGGGGAAAGAUCAUCAAUGCAUCCCUACGCCUCAAGUCCCGCUACCAGACCAUGAGCAUACUGCCCAUGGAGCUGUAUAAGGAGUUUGCAGAGUACGUCACGAAUAACUAUCGCACCCUGUGUGCCGUGCUGGAGCCCGUCCUGAGCGUCAAGAGCAAAGAGGAAGUGGCCUGUGCACUGGUGCAUAUAUUACAGAGCACAGGGAAAGCUAAGGAUUUCCUGUCAGACAUGGCGAUGUGUGAGGUAGACAGAUUCAUCGACCGAGAACACCUUAUCUUCAGAGAGAACACUCUGGCAACCAAAGCCAUAGAAGAGUACCUCAAACUGAUCGGACAUAAGUACCUCAAGGAUGCAAUAGGAGAGUUCAUUAGAGCCUUAUAUGAGUCAGAGGAGAACUGUGAGGUAGACCCAAUGAGAACGCCGCCCUCAGUGCUCCCCGACCAUCAGGCCAAUCUCCGCAUGUGCUGUGAGCUGGCGCUCUGCAAGAUCGUCAACUCCCAUUGUGUGUUCCCGCGGGAGCUGAAGGAAGUCUUCGCCUCCUGGAGAGUUCGCUGUGCGGAGCGAGGCCGGGAGGACAUUGCCGACCGCCUCAUCAGCGGCUCCCUGUUCUUACGCUUCCUGUGCCCUGCCGUCAUGUCCCCCUCGCUCUUCAACCUCACCCAGGAAUACCCCGACGAGCAGACAUCCCGCACCCUCACCCUCAUUGCUAAAGUGGUGCAGAACCUGGCCAACUUCUCCAAGUUUGGCAGUAAAGAGGAGUACAUGUGCUUCAUGAAUGAGUUCCUAGAGAUGGAGUGGGGCUCUAUGCAGCAGUUCCUGUAUGAGAUCUCCAACCUAGACAGCGUUAGCAACGCCGGAGGUUUUGAGGGCUACAUCGACCUGGGCAGAGAGCUGUCCAUACUACACAGUCUCCUCUGGGAGGUCAUGGCCCAGCUCAGCAAGGAUGCCAUCAUCAAACUCGGGCCCUUGCCUCGCCUUUUGAAUGACAUCAGCAUGGCCUUGCGAAACCCCCACCUCCAAAGGCAGCCCAGCCAUCAGACAGACAGGACAGAAAGGGUUCAGGAGAGACAGACAGAACGGCUGCUGUCCCGACCAAGCUUCAACAGGGGUGUCUCCUCCGAGUUCCAGAACCUUAUGAUGAGGGAUCUCAACAGUUCCAUAGAUAUCACUCGCUUGCCUUCUCCCACUUCUGGAGUAUCCGGUGGAGGGGUCAUGCCAUCCCGCUCCCAGAUGAGUUUCCAGGAUCGUGACCAUCCCCAUCGAGCCUCCUCCAAAGAUGUUUUUUAUGUGACCCGCCCUCCCCUGGCCCGAUCCAGUCCAGCCUACUGCACAAGCAGCUCAGACAUCACAGAGCCAGACCCCAAGGAUUCCCGAAUGAACAGCGUGUCUAACCUGCAGUCGGUGGACAUGCUCAACUCCUCCCAGGCCUCCAUUGCCGGCAUGGGCAGCUUCGGCGGGCUGAGCAGCGGAGGCGGUGGCGGCCUGGGGUCGGGCCUGAGCAGCCAGCUGCGGGCAGGCGGGCGGCUGUCAGCUGGCUCUGGUGGCUCCAGCAUGUCUGGUGGCCUCCGGAUAGGCCAGCUCGGCCAGAUGGGUGCCACCACCGACUCGCUGUCCCAACAGCAGCAACAGCAGGCCGCCGCCAUGCGCUACCCACUCUCGUUCCAGAACCCCCUCUUCCAUCUGGCCACCGCUGACGGCCCACAGCAGCACCAACAGCUCCACCAACAGCACAGCCGGGCUCAACCUCCACCACCCCUGCUUCUUGCCCCGGAACCUGAGCCUUCGCACCAGACCUACAUUCCCCAGUUUGCCCACGGCGGAUUUUCCCGAAGUGAGGACCUGUCCACACUUAGGACCAGGGACAGUCACCUGGGACAACCCAGCAUCAUCCACUCGCACAGCUACAGUGAUGAAUACAGCAGGGCUGACUAUGGACGGAGACAGAUGUCCAUGCAUGUGCAGGAUAACCUCCAACAGCAACAGCAAAUGAUGGGCAUGACCUCCCAGACAGGAACCUCCCACUCCUCCCUGGCCACGCCCCCUUCCACAGUCCAACCGGUACGCCAGAGCUCUGUUGCACCACCUCCCACCCAACGAGUCAAAUCACAGACCUCCCACCAGCUAUCAGUUAGUGCAGCCGCUGCACCUGCUGCUCCGGCUAAAACAAGGCCGCAGAGUGGGAAUCUCCUCCAGUCACCAGAGUCGGGCUAUGGCGGCAGGCAGCAAGGGUCCCGGCAGCUGUCCGUCAAAGAUAACACAGCCCCGGGUUUGCCCCACCAACAGAGUUCUGUCAGGGAGAGCCAGAGUCCACAGGGAACCACCAGUCAGAGCACUCAGCAGUCACCUCAGCAGCAGCCUCAACAGCAACAGCACCUGCUCAAACCCACCAUGAGCAAACAGGGUUCUCAGUCUCCCUCUACCCUCAAUCCCCCGACACCCGCCAAUGAGCGAACAGUCGCCUGGGUCUCCAACAUGCCUCACCUCUCUGCUGACAUUGAGAGUUCCCGCAUCGACCGUGAAGAAUUCAAACUCAAGGAGUACUCUAAGAGUAUGGAUGAAUCACGCAUGGAUAGGGUCCGGGAGUAUGAGGAGGAGAUCCACUCCCUUAAAGAGCGCCUGAUGAUGUCCCACAAAAAACUGGAGGAGUACGAGAGGAGGCUCCUGACGCAGGAGCAGCAAACAAAUAAGAUCCUGCUGCAGUACCAGAACCGGCUGGAGGACAGCGAGAGGAGACUACGGCAACAGCAACUGGAGAAAGACUCCCAAAUUAAAGGAAUAAUUAGCAGACUCAUGGCUGUGGAGGAUGAGAUAAGAGGAGGAGCCAUCAUCGAGCCAAAAACCAGAAUGUUCGCUGAUCAGGAGGACCAGCUUUCCUCCCUGGGUUCUGCAGACCCCUGUGUGAAAACUGAAGGUGGAGGGGGAGGUGAUGGAGGAGGAGGAGGAGUAACCAAUGGUCAAGGCCCCAGAGUCUCUUCCUCGGGCAUCUCUUCCGACAGUUCACCCCGCAAUGGAGUCCUCCCCCAAACCAUAGACCCUCCCUCUCUACCCGCCCUCCAUCAACAUCCUAGUCAGAACGGAGAGCUCCGUGGCAACAAAACAUCCUCCCCCAUGACAACCUCACAGACAACAGGGACAACAGCAACAUCA